GAAAACGAGGGAGAUCGGGAUCCGGCGCCGCCUAGCGGGCCGCGCAGCCUCCAUCUAGCCCGCGAUCCCGGCUCGCUUUGUCCAACACGGGAAGGCGGAGCGCCGGCUCUCCUCUUCCGAUCCAUCUCGCCUCUUCUUCGUCCUGCUCCUCCUUUUGCAGCCCGUCGGGGGCGCAGGGAGGAGCCGGAGGUAGAGAAGCAGGAGGCGGAGGCGGAGGCAAGACGAAGCCGGCCGGAGGACGCAUCUCUCCUUCCUCUCGGUCCCUUUGCGCUCCUCUCCACCGCGGCCCCCUCGUCAUCUCUCCACCGGGCGCGCCGUCCAGGCGCCGAGGUUUGCGCUCCUUUCCGUCGCGGCCCCCUCUCCAUCUCUCCACCGGGCGCGCCGUCCUCCGGAGGAGACACAAAGGGAGCCCGGAGAAGGCGCCUGGCUGCUCGGCCGGGCCGGAUCGGGCCGAGGCGAACCGGGGCAAGCGGUGGCCGCGGCUGGGGCCAGGUGGUGGCGCGCCAUGGCGGGCGCGUCGGGCGCGUCGUGCAGCCUGAAGGACGAGCUGCUGUGCUCCAUCUGCCUGAGCAUCUACCAGGACCCGGUGAGUUUCGGCUGCGAGCACUACUUCUGCCGCCGCUGCAUCACGGAGCACUGGAGCCGCCAGGAGGCGCAGGCGGCGCCGACCCGCGACUGCCCCGAGUGCCGGCGCACGUUCGCCGAGCCGGCUCUGGCGCCCAGCCUCAAGCUGGCCAACAUCGUGGAGCGCUACGCCGCCUUCCCUCUCGACGCCAUCCUGCUGAGCGCGCAGCAGCGCGGCGCCUCCGCCUUCGCGUGCGCCAAGGAGCACGGCAAGGUCAAGCUCUUCUGCCUCACCGACCGCGCCGUCGUCUGCUUCUUCUGCGACGAGCCGGCCGUGCACGAGCAGCACCAGGUCACCAGCCUCGACGACGCCUUCGAGGAGCUCCAGAGGGAACUGAAGGAGCAGCUGCAGACUCUGCAGGACAGCGAGCGCGGCCACACAGAAGCCCUGGCUCUCCUAAAACGGCAGCUAGCCGAGACAAAGUCCUCCGCCAAGAGCCUGAGGGCCACGAUCGGGGAGGCGUUUGAGAGGCUGCACCGCCUGCUCCGCGAACGCCAGAAGGCCAUGUUGGAGGAGCUGGAGGCGGACACGGCCCGGACUCUGACGGACAUCGAGCAGAAGAUCCAGCGCUACAGCCAGCAGCUCCGCAAAGUGCAGGAGGGCAGCCAGAUCCUCCAGGAGCGGCUGGCCGAGGCGGACAAGCACUCCUUCCUGGCCGGCAUUGCGUCCUUGUCGGAGAGGCUCAAGGGCAAGAUCCACGAAACAAACCUCACGUACGAGGACUUUCCCACCUCCAAGUAUAUGGGGCCCUUGCAGUACACUAUCUGGAAAUCUCUUUUUCAGGACAUCCACCCAGUGCCUGCCACACUCACGCUGGACCCCUCCACAGCCCACCAGCGCCUCAUCCUCUCCGACGACUGCACCAUUGUGGCCUACGGCAACCUGCACCCACAGCCGCUGCAGGACUCCCCCAAGCGCUUUGACGUGGAGGUCUCGGUGCUGGGCUCGGAGGCCUUUGGCGGCGGGGUGCACUACUGGGAGGUGGUGGUCUCGGAGAAGACGCAGUGGAUGAUCGGCCUGGCGCAUGAGGCCGUCACGCGCAAGGGCAGCAUCCAGAUCCAGCCCAGCCGCGGCUUCUACUGCAUCGUCAUGCACGACGGCAACCAGUACAGCGCUUGCACAGAGCCCUGGACCCGGCUGAACGUCAAGAGCAAGCUGGAGAAGGUGGGCGUCUUCUUGGACUACGACCGCGGCCUCCUGAUCUUCUACAACGCCGAUGACAUGUCCUGGCUCUACACCUUCCGGGAGCGCUUCCCGGGCAAGCUCUGCUCCUACUUCAGCCCGGGGCAGAGCCACGCCAACGGGAAGAACGUGCAGCCGCUGCGGAUCAACACCGUCCGCAUUUAAGGGCUGCCGACGGGGUGGGGG